AUUUAUCUUUCACGCCGGCUGUUCAUCCCGCACACCAACGCCGCAUGCGUUUUCUGCAAAGCCGCCUCGGCGCGUGAGGGUUUUCUCUCGUUCCACGCUGUCCGUCUGUCCUCCUGUGUGGAAAAUCGGACGGGUUUGGCAAGGACAUGGUGCCUCUCACAUUUUGGGAGUUCUCCCAACAUGUUCGACAGUGGAAAUGUGGCUUCCAGUUCUGGCCUUGACUCCCUUCGAAGGGAGGAAAUUUUCGUUUCGAGACCAGGAAGAGCACGAGAUGUUUUUAUUAUGCGUUCAUUCCAGAAACGUGCACACACACAGACAAAAAAAAAAAGAAGUCUCACCUUGAGAUCGUAUUUUAUUGCACCAUUCGAAAUCUUACGAAACGACAGCACUACUUCGUACACACUAUGCACCAAAAAAACACAAUAUAUAGAUCAAGCCAAACCUCAGGGUUUGGGGGUCAUGUCAGAAGAUCCUCACACGCUGUUUAAUCAAGGGCCGGGUUGCUGGUUUUGCCGAACAGCGAGCAGGUUUAAAUGAUUGCCCACGCAUGGCCGAGGUAGCCGAUAUCUCGUUGCUGUGAAGUGGCUAAUUCAAACAGAUCCCACACACAUCCCCAGACGGCGAGCAUUAAGAGCACUGCAGCAUUCACGUCGAUUCAGGCUCCAACCGUCUUUCUUUCCACGAUUUGUUUCACACGUGAUGCGUGAUUCACCUGUUUAACGUUGCCUUGAUGCAGAAACAUAAAGGCUAAUCCAGAACACCGAGUUCGUAUUACUCAUCGCUCUGUUUAGUCCUUAUUUGGUCUGAUUGUUGCACGAGGCAGAUUAGGUAUGCUUAUUAGUUAUGCUGGCAGUUUGUUUUCUUGAUCUGAGAAUUGAACAGCGUGGAGAGAGAGAGAGAGAGAGAGAAGCGAUUCUGGAAAGCUAGACUUCACACAGCCGGAGAGGAAUGUAAACCACUUUGUAUGACCGAGGAAAGGCAUCAGGCCUCCAAUCAUGAACGGGCCCAUGCACCCUCGCCCUCUGGUGGCGCUGCUGGACGGCCGGGACUGCACGGUGGAGAUGCCCAUCCUGAAAGACGUGGCCACUGUGGCCUUUUGCGAUGCUCAGUCCACCCAGGAGAUCCACGAGAAGGUACUGAACGAGGCCGUUGGGGCUCUUAUGUACCACACCAUUACAUUAAUGCGCGAGGACCUGGAGAAAUUCAAAGCACUUCGAAUCAUCGUCCGUAUCGGCAGCGGUUUCGACAAUAUCGACAUCAAAUCAGCUGGAGAAUUGGGCAUAGCUGUGUGCAACAUGCCCUCAGCCUCGGUGGAAGAGACAGCCGACUCGACACUGUGUCACAUCCUCAAUCUCUACAGACGCACCACCUGGCUGCACCAGGCUCUCCGUGAGGGCACGCGGGUCCAGAGCGUGGAGCAAAUCCGUGAGGUCGCGUCUGGAGCUGCCCGCAUCCGAGGGGAAACUCUGGGGAUCAUCGGCCUCGGGCGUGUUGGUCAGGCUGUCGCUCUGCGAGCUAAAGCGUUUGGAUUUAACGUGAUCUUUUACGACCCGUACCUGUCUGAUGGCAUGGAGCGAGCGCUGGGGCUGCAGAGAGUAAACACACUACAGGACCUACUGUUCCACUCUGACUGUGUCACUCUCCACUGCAGCCUGAACGAACACAACCACCACCUCAUCAAUGACUUCACUAUCAAACAGAUGCGUCAGGGUGCGUUCCUGGUGAACACUGCACGAGGGGGCCUGGUGGACGAGAAAGCUCUGGCUCAGGCACUGAAAGAGGGCAGAAUACGCGGCGCAGCUCUCGACGUCCACGAGACCGAGCCCUUUAGUUUCAGCCAGGGCCCUCUGAAAGAUGCCCCUAAUCUGAUCUGCACUCCUCACGCCGCCUGGUACAGCGAGCAGGCCUCUAUCGAGAUGAGAGAGGAAGCAGCUCGGGAGAUCCGCAGGGCCAUUACCGGUCGUAUUCCUGACAGCCUGAAGAACUGUGUGAAUAAGGAGUUUCUCACACAGACCACCCACUGGUCAGGCAUGGACCCUGCCAUCCACCCAGAGCUCAACGGAGCCUACAGGUACCCUCCAGGUGUGGUAAGCCUGGCAUCCGGUGGUCUCCCACCACCAGUGGAAGGAAUCGUGCCGAGUGCCGUGCCGAUGAGCCACAGCCUUCCCCCUGUAGCACACCCGCCCCAUGCGCCAUCUCCAGGCCAGACAGGCAAAGCCGAGCCCGACCGAGAGCAGCACCCCAACGAGCAGUUGUAGUAGCCACAUACUCCUGAUCUAGAAUUUUCCGUACCACUAGAGAACUCUCCUAGUCCUUCUUUAUCCCAAAGAAGAGGAGUGCCACAGGCUCGAAACCAGCCAAGAAAAAAACAACAAACUGUGUGAAGUAGCCAACUGUUUGAACUGAAUGAAGGUGGUGGAUCGUGCUAGCUCUCACUUUCUCUUCUCUCUCUCUCUCUCUCUCUCUCUCUCUUCUCCCCCCUUUUUUUUUUUUUUUUAAAUGUGUAAACAAAAAAAAAAAGAAAACCUCUUGGAUUUGGAACAAAAAAACUCCUUAAAACAAAUCCUGCUGGUUUAGAUUGUAGUCUGUCUAAGUGCGGUGGGCGAUUUAUUAUUAUUUUUCCUGUUCUUUUGUGUCCGAUGGGUUUCAUUGCUCCAAACAGCCGUAGUUCUGAAUGUAACCUGUUUUGUGUACAGUUUUUAGGAUAUGAUCAGUGGUUUGUAGAAAACGGAAGAAAGUAAAACCGCAUAAAGGGAGGUGACCAUCAACUAAUAGAUCAGGUUUUUUUUUUUGGGUUUGUUUUUUUAAAUUAUUAUUAUUGUUUUUGGUAUGAUUUUUAAAAAAAAAAUGAAAAAAAAGAAAAGAAAAAGCCCCGAAAGAGGCCUGUUUUGCACACCCUCUCAGGAAAAUUAUUUUCCCCCCCUCCCUCCCUCCCUUUGGAAUUAAACCACAUAGUGCAUCGUUUUUUGUAUCCAUGUGUCUUUUUGUAGUCUAAUUUAGCACAGUACUUUCAAAAAGUAUAUUCCGUGUUUUUUUUUUUUUAAUUUUAUUUUUUAUUUUAUUUUCUGUUUGUUUGUUAACUUAGCAUGUACUACCUUAUGUGUUAAAGGUAAAAAAAAAAAAAAAUCCGUUCUGUUUUGACGGGAAAAAAAAAACAAACAAAAAACCAGUUUGUCUUGUGAAAAGCUGGCGUCAUGCUUGCCUGUUUGUGUGACUUGACCGUACCGUAUUUUACGAGGCAGCUCCGAGCUGCUGGGGUAGUUGCAGCGCUCCAUUGCCUACAUAGUUUCCUUCCUGGUUAAAGUGGUAGGCUAGCAAUAUACAUACUAUAUAUACUAUGAGAUAUCAUUAUUUUUUUGUUAAACAGGAUUAAAAGAAAAAAAGAAAUGUUUGUGACUGUAUGCAUUUGUAUGAAUUAUUUUAAAUGAAAUAAAAGUCCAAAUUUAAUGACA